AUGUCACAAAAUAACCUUAAAUUCACCGAAUUCCUCAGCAAUGUUAAAUCCAAGGCUAACUCAAAGGGUUUCAUGAAAUUAUUCGAUAUGUACCACAGACAAGUUGUCGUUAAGAAACCAUUCAGCUUUUUAGUUCACAUCAUGUGUGGUCUUACUCUCACUUCAUACGUUAUUAGACACGAUAAAGUUGAACAUCACAAAACUCAACCAUACCAUUAA